UGCGUUUAACCUGGCCUUGGUCCACUGAACGUCAACUGUUAGAAAAUAAUUUGUGAUCGUUACUAAGAUCAAUGAAGGCUGAAGUUAGUUUGUAAGUUAGUCGGUUAGUCAGUCAAUCGUACAUCGGCGCCCGAAAAUACGCGGAUUUGCAACACUUUGUUCGUCAUAAGAUACCCUUAACACCUUCGUGAAUUUGUAAAUUCUUAUUUUGUAAUACUAUAAUACUGCAAAAUGAGUGCGCCAGCAAAGAAGAGGAUAUGCAUUGUAGGGAGUGGAAAUUGGGGUUCAGCCAUUGCAAAAAUUGUGGGUGCCAAUGUUGUCAAGUACAACAACAAAUUUGAAACACGAGUGACGAUGUAUGUUUAUGAAGAAAUAGUGAAUAGCCAAAAAUUAACUGAUAUUAUAAAUCAGUUGCAUGAAAAUGUUAAAUAUCUUCCUGGACACAAGCUUCCAGAAAACAUAGUUGCCAUUCCGGACGUUGUCGAAGCUGCAAAAGAUGCAGAUAUCCUUAUUUUUGUAAUACCUCAUCAAUUUAUACGAACUCUAUGCGCAACAUUAUUAGAUAAAAUUAAACCAACUGCUGUUGGUCUAUCCCUAAUUAAGGGUUUUGAUCGAGGUGAUGGAUCAAACAUUCAGCUGAUUUCUAAAAUCAUUGAACAAAAUUUAAGAAUUCAAUGUUAUGUCUUGAUGGGCGCCAACUUGGCUAAUGAAGUUGCAGAAGAGAAAUUCUGUGAAACCACUAUUGGCUGCAGAGAUAAACGACUGGCACCAUUACUGAGAGACCUUAUUCAAACUCCCAAUUUUAGAGUUGUGGUUGUUGAUGACUGUGAAGCAGUUGAAGUAUGCGGAGCUUUAAAGAAUAUUGUAGCAUGUGCUGCUGGCUUUGUAGAUGGUAUGGGAUUAGGUGAUAAUACAAAAGCAGCUGUUAUCAGAUUAGGCCUAAUGGAAAUGGUUAGGUUUAUAGAUACAUUUUAUAAAGGUUCCAAACUUUCAACGUUCUUUGAAAGUUGUGGUAUAGCUGAUUUAAUAACCACUUGUUACGGCGGAAGGAACCGCAGAGUUUGUGAACAAUAUGUUAAAAGUGGCAAAACCAUCAGACAACUUGAGGAAGAACUUCUAGGUGGUCAGAAAUUACAAGGACCAGCUACAGCUGAUGAAGUUAAUGGAAUGUUAAAAGCUAACAAUUUAUUAGAAAAAUUUCCAUUAUUUACAGCGGUACAUCGCAUCUGUACUGAUCAAUUAAGACCAGCAGAUUUAAUUGAUCAAAUUCGUAAUCAUCCUGAACACAUGAUGAAAGUGGAAGGAGCUGAAGAGUCAUAAUUAAAUGCAAUAAAUGAUUUCGAAUGAACAUCAUUUUUAUGUAGAUAACAACUUUAGACAUCUGUCUAGAAAUUAUUCAAGAAAUAUGAAAAACGAAUUAGCAAUGAAAUGUAAUAUUGUAAAUAUUGUAUGUUAUUUAGAUUUAUAAUUAUUUAUGACUGCUUUUAAUUACAGGUGUUGCCAAUAAAUUGUAAUACAUUGUAAGAUUAAUAUUAUAUAUUAUGUAAUACUGAAUAAAAUGUUUAACCCCA